CAGCCAUUCAUUGCCAAGUCAACUCCGGCGGUGCAACGCGGAGGGAAAGAAGCGAGAGAGAGAGUAGCAAGUAGCAGCAGGAGAUAGAGAGAGGAGAGGACAAGGGGUAGUGAUAGAGACAGCGAGAGAGAGAGACGGAGAGAGGCAGAGAAGAAAGAGAAGGCGGAGGAGGAGAAUAAUGGCAGGCGGCGUGGUUCUGUCGGCAAAGAAUGCGGCCACCUCGAUUCUGAGGUUGACGUCGCAGGCGGCGAAAGUGCUGCCCAGGCUGGGCAACGUCGCGUCGGCGAGAUGCCUGAGUUCGUCGUUCAAGGCGUCCGACUUACAAGUGGAGGUGACGAAGCACGGCGCCACGAAGCUGGACGUGGACAAGCUGGUGUUCGGGAAGACGUUCACGGACCACAUGUUCUGCGUGGAGUGGACCGCGGGUGGCGGCUGGCAGACUCCUCGCAUCCAGCCGUUCCAGAACCUGUCGCUGCACCCUGCCUCGUCCUCCCUCCACUACUCCAUAGAGCUGUUUGAGGGCAUGAAGGCGUUUCGUGGCGUGGACAACAAGGUGCGGAUGUUCCGGCCGAUGCUCAACAUGGAGCGGAUGCACCGCACGGCGCUGAGAGCCAGCUUGCCCAGCUUUGACACGGCCGAGUUGUGCGAAUGCAUUCGUAAGCUGGUGGAGGUGGACAAGGACUGGGUUCCCCACUCGACCAAGGCCAGCCUCUACCUCCGCCCGACCUUCAUUAGCACAGAGCAAACGCUGGGCGUAUCGCGGCCGGGCCGGGCCCUGCUCUUCGUGAUCCUGUCUCCCGUCGGGCCCUACUUCAGCACCGACGGCUUCAGCCCCGUGGCGCUGCUCGCCGACCCGCAGCACGUCCGCGCCUUCAAGGGCGGCGUCGGCGAUUGUAAACUCGGGGGGAACUACGGCCCGACUAUCUACGUCCAGAACCUGGCCAUUCAGCAGGGCUGCCAGCAGGUGCUGUGGCUCUACGGAGACACUGAGCAGAUCACGGAAGCCGGAACGAUGAACCUCUUCCUUUACUGGAUCAACGAGCAAGGAGAGGAAGAGCUGGCGACUCCACCGCUGGACGGCAUCAUCCUGCCUGGGGUGACUCGCCAGAGCCUGCUGGACCUCGCUCGGCAGUGGGGCGAGUUCAAGGUGUCGGAGCGGUACAUCACCAUGGCGGACCUGCAGAAGGGGCUGCGGGAGGAGCGUGUCAAGGAGAUGUUCGGAGCUGGGACCGCGUGCGCGGUCUGUCCAGUCGACAGAGUGCUGUACAACGGACAGAACCUUCACAUACCGACGAUGGAAAACGACGGCCCCAAGAUCGCGACUCGCUUCCUGCAGGCGCUCACAGAUAUCCAGUACGGACGAACCGAGAGCGAGUGGAUGCACCUGGUCGAUUAAUACCUCGCCUCGCGAGCAACGAGCGGGCGAAAAAAAAACCACAGUUUGCACAACGGACACGCGUGCGCACACUUCGCGGGGAGCGCCGAAGCCCGCCAUCAAUCGCACCUUGGGUUGAGACCGCGAAAUCGAAAAAAAAAUUUCAACUUCCUCAACAGCUCACCGUUGUUACCCGACCAGCCUUAUUGGCCAUCUUCUCUCGCUCUCUCUCUCUCUCUCGUGGAACAAGCUGAGCCCUCCUUGUGAAUGUAUCUCUUUUGGUCUUCUCUGCGUCUGUCUGUUUGUCGGUCUCUAAAUUCCUGUGUAUCUUCCUCUGCGUUUGAGCGCUCUGGAAAUCGGCCUCUUGCAGUGUUCUUCACUGAUUGUCAGAGGGGGGUGGUGGGGGGGGGUGGUGGGGGCAUUUCCCCCUAUAAGACAUCAUCGGUGCGAGGGCCGCCACACGUUUGAAACCAUUGGGGAAGAGGUCGCAACCGGGUACCCGAUACCCGUACCCUAUACGAUACCCGGCUACCCUUACCCGGCCGGGUACGGGUACGGGUACCCGUUUGCGACCCUGGUGCGGCCGGGUACGGGUAGGCCGUGAGUCACUGGUGAGUAACCGUUUGUCACUCAUUUCCCAACGUCUUGUCUCUUCUCACGAUUCAAGUUCCUAGAAUCAACCCACCCGCGCCUGCAACGUGGCUUCGUCCCAGAGGUCGCAAUCCGGUACCCGAUAUCUGUACCCGGCCGGGUACAGGUAGGGUACGGGUACGGCCGGGUACCCGUUUGCGACCCUGGUGCGGCCGGGUACGGGUAAGGAAUCAAAACCCGUUUGCGACCUCUGCAUUGGGGGUUUGACAGCAGCACGACGAUGAUGAUGAGUGGUGUGAUGAUGAGUGGUGUGAUGAUGAGUGGUGUGAUGAUGAUGAUGAAUGGUGUGAUGAUGAGUGGUGUUUUGAUGAGUGGUGUGAUGAUGAGUGGUGUGAUGAUGAGUGGUGUGAUGAUGAGUGGUGUGAUGAUGAGUGGUGUGAUGAUGAUGACGAUGAGUGGUGUGACGAUGAGUGGUGUGACGAUGAGUGGUGUGACGAUGAGUGGUGUGACGAUGAGUGGUGUGACGACGAGUGGUGUGACGACGAGUGGUGUGACGAUGAGUGGUGUGACGACGAGUGGUGUGACGAGUGGUGUGACGACGAGUGUUGUGACGACGAGUGUUGUGAUGACGAGUGUUGUGAUGACGAGUGUUGUGAUGACGAGUGGUGUGAUGACGAGUGGUGUGAUGAUGAGUGGUGUGAUGAUGAGUGGUGUGAUGAUGAGUGGUGUGAUGAUGAGUGGUGUUUUCACGAAAGGCCACCAGGGGACAGCCAGUGGGCCCGCGGUGCCUUGCAAUGAAGAACACUGCGCUUCUCACAGUAACGUUCUGCUCUAGUUCUGUAGUUUCCAGAUACUCGGACCACUGCAAUAACAGGUGAUCCUUCAUUGUAAAAGUGUACUUCGUUGGCAUUUCAGCUUCCUUUUAUUUCUGCAAACCACAUCGCCGGAUCGACAUCCGUGUGCGAGUGUAUUUAUUCGCCGCGCAAAGGGCAAUGCUUGAAUGCAGAACUUGUGACGACGUUGGGGGCGGCACCCUCACAUCAGGCGAGUUGGAAUGGCUGGAAGAAUGGUGUUGUGAAGGCGCUCGCCACUGAACCGAAUGCAUUUACUCUUGUGCCCAUGACACAACACACCCCCCCCGCCUUUGCGUUUUGCAGAAGUGCUAAUUUUGAAGCUGCACGAUUUCAGCAUUUCAUAGUCGUCGUCUGCACCCCUGCGCGAGCACUCGGGGAAAUCGGGGAAACCACUAUUCGCGAUUGUCCUGAAGGAGCAAGCCCAGUACACACGUGGGCAGACUCACGUUGCCCCAAUGUUGCCCCAACGUUUGGGCAACCUUGGAGCAACGUUGGCCCCAACGUUCCAUGUUUAUUCCUGGGAGUGAGAUGAGCUCAUGUGCAAAGUGGUGCAUUUUGACAUUAAAGGGCUGUGUGGGAUGUUGGCUGUCGUGGGCAGAGGCCUUCAACCAGCAGUGGAUAGACAGAUGGUGAUUAACAUGUCACUAUGAAGGUUGAUGUGCUAUGUAACUGCACCAAUGGGAAGAGAGCCUCCAGGCUUGAUAAUGUAAAUCCGGUCACCCUCUUUCCCGUUGCACGCAUACCUCUUGGGGCGCUCGCGAUGCAGUUCUUGGUCAACCGAGCGCUAUACGAAACGGCGCUAAUGGGGGUCGUUAUAACAUGGUUCCAAUGGAGAUACGUUACCUACAGAGCUUGCUUUUUUUCUUCUUUCACCUAUGAGCGAUAUUGUUUCGGGCCUUAUUGGGGGGGCUUCAUUGGGUAUCGGUAAUAGCCUUAAUAAUGAUAAUGUACACAUGGUAAAUGUAUUAAAGCAUCUUAUAAAUAAUAAUAGCGUUUAAUGGUAAUGACAUUUUAAAAAUACAAUAAGUUGCGUACUCGGCGGUGCAUUCGGUCGGAGCUUGCAGAAGAUUAACCACGCUCUGCAAACAAAUGCACAUUCCGCGGGUAGCGAUACUAGUGGCAUUCUUCGACCCACGGAUGACCAUUGAAUCCAUGCAGUGAUGAACCCGUGAUGGAUCGACACUCUUACGUGGCUGUCCCGUCGAACUGAGUGCAGAGUCGAUACAACGGACCCCGCGAUUCCAGGUUCCACAAGGCCAAAUAUGGGCAGAGACAUGACCCCUACAGGGGCAAUGCCUACUUCCUUGCAUAUAUGGAAUUUUCCUCCGGGACGAACGGCGUCGCAACCAAACGAGUGCUAUGAGAGGCAGCGCUAUAAGAGGUAUGCCUGUAUUCCGUUUCGAACGGGGUGGGUCGGGUGUGGGAUCCGAGACCAUUCUCAGCAUCCCGUUGAUUUGCAGCGAUCGAUCGAACGACACGUGUGUGUGUCCACCGCCCACUCGUCAACUUCACGUGCGGUGUCGCCAGCCCCGAGCGGGGAGCGUCGUCUGCGUCGAACCAUCUCCCCCCCCUCCCCCUCGUGUUCCCCUCUUGUCGGGUGGCGUCACGAACUGAAGCCCGCGCGGUUUUGAUUUUUCUGUCGCUGCCCUCGACUGCGGAGCCGUGCUCGACGCACGAGCCAUGCCCCGCGCACGUAACAAGUCGUCGUUUCUUGUUUUUGUGUUUUUGCCCGGCGGGGCGCUGAUGCGGUGUCGCGGAUCGCGGGCGGUUGGCGGCGGUGGCGGUGGUGCAGCCGGCCCUGCAAUCCGGAAGUCGCCGGUUUGAUUCGCCCGGUUGUGACGUCACAAUCAGGUGACCUCACAAUCAGGGUGACGUCACAACGGUUGGCACGGAGACGCUUUGACAUUCGCGGGCGACCGCCUUUGCCUCCUUCGCGUCGAUGGUUUUUUUUUGCACACCGCGACCGGGUACUCGUUUGAGGCCGAGUCGACCUAGUGGAGGCCCACGGACGGUCUCGUAUUUCAUCGUCAGCUGGCGGGUUGGUGGCCGUGAGCGGGAAUUGAACUCGGCGUCGCCCUCGGUCUGUGCCACCGCUCAAUCCCCCUCCACCCAUCCCCCGGACGUAGCAGGCGCGUAUUUAGUGCCGUGGGCCAAUUUGCUCUGCAAACAGCAACGAAAAGCUUUCUUCUGUCCAAAAAAAUUCAAAAAUUCCCCCAAGAAAGUGAUUAAAAAUAAAUGAUUCUGCAACGAACGCUGAUCAACCUUUUUAAAAAAAAAAACCCAUCGUAAGUAGAAACACUCCUCUGUGCUUUACAACCAUGUUGCCACGUCACGAUGACCAUUCUAUACGGAACUCAACACCGCUCGGUUUGGUAUCGAGGCGCGCGUCUCGUGUGCGGUGCAUAGGUCCCGGUCAGUUUGAAAAGAGAUUAUGUACAUGCAGUGUUCGUCGGAGUUCGCUGUAUGUGAGCAGUGGUUGUAGGAGCCUAGUCUCCACGUGUUAAAUUGAGCUGAACUACAGAUGUAAAGGAACGUCUCUGGGACUUCAAUGGAUGCCUGGUCUGCUCGCCGACCUGUGGAUGCUCGGCAAGUCCUCGUUUAACGCGCCAGCCGCAGAUGCGUUCCUGCAAAGUGCCACGUUAAGCGAAAACAAUUUACCCAUAAACAAUGCGGCGACGUCUUCUUGGUUCUUUCGGUAAAGUCGCGUAGAAGGGAAAUAAUAAAAUAAUAAAAAUUAAACAAUAAAAUACAAUUCUCACGACGUUUCGGCCACAACGCAAGCAGCCGUCCUCAGGUGAAGAACAGGGCUGUUGGAAAGACAGCGUCUGAAUGAACACCACCAAGCUUGGCAGCGUAUAUUUAAGCUGGGUUGGAGGGGGAAGGGCGCCUUGACUUAAGGAAUUUGCAUAUCAGCAGAGGAAUUUUAUCUUAAAUAUACGCUGCCAAGCUUGGUGGUGCUCAUUCAGACGCUGUCUUUCCGACAGCCCGGUUCUUCACCUGAGGACGGCUGCUUGCAUUGUGGCCGAAACGUCGUGACAAUUAUAUUUUAUAAUGUUUUAUUUUUAUUAUUUUAUUAUUUCCCUUCUACGUGACUUUACCGAAAGAACCAAGAAGAUCAAUCCCUGCAGUCACGAAAGCUUUAAAUCGAAAUGUAGCGACGAUGAAGUUUGGCGAGAUACGAUGUACUACUGCUACACGCGCACGCGGGCACACAUACAGAUGAUGGGAACAAAUAACUUCAGGGUACGGCCGCCGCGUUGCCGUAUCCCUCCGCGUACCGCUCGGCUGCAGCAGCUCAAGAAAGUAGUUAGUCGUCGACCGCUCAGAAGCCGCGCGUCAUGCAAAAACGUGCCCCCUGAUGGACAAAAUCCGCGUUGUAGCGAAAAUGCGUUGUGCGAGCACGCGUUAAGCGAGGACUUGCCGCGUAUUUACUACACGCGGUGCUCGGAUGAUUUAGCUCUGCUUGGUUUGUUGUGAGUAGCUAUUGUCUCUCUUUGGUUGUGAGCGAUUACACGACGUUUGCACGAUUUUCUUUCUUGCGUUUCUGUUGCGGUGUUGUUAGUCUGCUUCUCCAAGUAAAGUGAGUGUUGUUUUGCCAUGUGCGUUGCUACCACACACACACUCUCUCGGAGCUCAUCCGUUAUCAUUUUCAGUUCAUUUGAAAUCCGUGAAAUGUAACAUCCCUCCGUCGUUCAACUAAAGCCGUUUGCUGGUGUCUGGAAAUGUUUGCCGUCUGUAAGUUAAUUUUCUCGUUUCCUCAAUAAAGCAUACGUACACGUGGCAGUUUU